AUGUCGACCUGUGGUAGAUGCAGACCAGAACUAGCUGCUGAUAGUCCUUCAAGAUUUCGCCAGAGCCAGCAGAUUCUCAAAUUGCAUCAUGGCAGGCGGCACACAACACCAGAAGGAGAACUGCAGGUGGCCUGUGCUGAGCUUUCCUCUCUGCCCUCGGGCCGGCAUUACAUUUCUCGGUCCAUGCUGCUGGAGCAGUCCCCAGCCGCCACGUGGCAACCACCCCACACCUGGCGCAACAGCGACGCGUCGGACGACUCCUUUUCCCGCGCGAGCCACAACUUCCCAUUCCCGCAAGCCCUCGGCGCAACCUUCUUUCCGGCAUUCUCCACCGUCCGAUUUCUCGGGCACUUCUUAGAUUCGCUUCCAGACCGUUCGCUCGCCGACAUGGCUCCGUCGUCGCACGUGGUCAUCGCGAGCGUUACCGUGUGCGCGGUCGUCGCCAUUGGGGUGUGCUAUCUGUGCAUGCGGAAGAAACGGCGAGACGGUGAUGGGUACGACGGGCCUGGUCAGCCGUCCGCAGGGACAGCGGCUGCAGGUGGUGCUGCAGCGGCCGCGAAUGGCGAAUCCCGCGUGCCGCUUCUGUUCUCGCAGGACUGGGGGGACGAGAGCGAGGACAUAGAGCAGCAGUCGUUCCCGCCGUCGCAGCCUUCCGCCUCCGCGGACCAGCAAGCAGCGGCGGAAGCAGAGGCAGCAGAGGCAGCGCGGGCAGCGCGGCAGAAGCAGUGGGAGGAGGAGCGGCGGCAGGCGGAAGCAGAGGCAGCAGAGGAGGCAGCAGCGGCGGCUGCUGCUGCAAAUAAACGCGCGAGGAAGGAGGGAGGGGGGAGGCAAGGGAGAGUGAAGUUUGGAGAGUCGACUGUGAGGGAGUAUGAUGCUGGGGAGGGGAUGGAUGGGGAGGAGAGCGCAGAGGCUGCUGCUGCUUCUGCUGCGGCUGCUCCUGCGGCUGCUGUCCCUGAUGCUGCUGCUGCUGCAAAGAAGAAGGCGGCUAGGAGGGAAGGUGGGUCAGGGGCAGGCCGGAUGGAGCCACGCUGGUGCUGGAUUGGAGGUGAUCAGUCAGUAGCAUGGGCCAGCAGCGGGCAGCAGACUGGUGCUCACGAACGGAUGAGAAGCUUCACGGCUGGCGCCACACUGGUGCUGGAAGUGAUCAGUGGGCCACCAUCGGGCGGCAAGCUAGUGCUGAAGAACGAGAAGCUGGGACUAGGGAGCCUCGGAGCUCGAGCCACGCUGGUACUGGAGGUGAUCAGCGGGCCGGCGUCAGGCGGCAAGCUGGUGCUCAAGCACGAGCACCUGGAGUGGAGCCAUGGCCGUCCGCCCGCCACCAUAGGGCGGUCGAGGUGCAGCCUGCAGGUGCUCACGUCAACCCCCUUCGAAAUUUCCAUUCCCACCCCCCCUUCUUCUACCCUUUUCUCACACUCAGGCGCCACACUUGUAUUGGAGGUGAUCAGUGGACCAGCGUCAGGCGGCAAGCUGGUGUUGAAGAACGAGAAGCUGGAGCCAUGGCCGUCCGCCACCAUAGGGCGGGUGAAGGCCAACGACCUGCAGCUGAACGAUGGGGAGGUGUCCAGCAAGCACGCCUAUGUUACAUGGAAUGCCCUGUCGGGGCGGUGGGAGGUGGUGGAUCGCGGGUCGCUCAACGGCAUGCUGCUGAACGACGAGGCCAUCAACGCAGAGGCGGACGAGGACGGCGAGCGCACCGAGGGGCGUGACUUGUCGGGGCGGUGGGAGGUGGUGGACCGUGGCUCACUCAACGGCACGCUGCUGAACGACGAGGCCAUCAACGCAGAGGCGGACGAGGACGGCGAGCGCACCGAGGGGCGGCCGUGCCAGCUGGCGGAUGGCGACGUGAUCACGUGCGGGUCGCAGUCUCGCAUCCUGACACCAGCAACAGGCAGGUGCCCCGGUACCCCGUGUGACAUCGCCAUAGCAGCCGACCCCAUGCGCGCACGCAAGGGAGGCAAGCCACUGCCCUCCAGAGCACCCAAUACCAUGCCAUCACGCAUUCUUUCCGCCCUCCUUUUCCUCCCAGCCGACCCCAUGCGCGCACGCAAGGGCGGCAAGCCACUGCCCAUGGAGGAUGUGCCUCUCUGCGAGUGGCCACUCAGAGGGUUGCAGGAUUGUGGUGCUGCCACUGCUGCCAGCAGCAAGGGAGGCAAGCCGCGGCCCAUGGAGGACGUGCCUCUGUGCGAGUGGCCGCUAAGGGGCCUGCAGGACAUGGGCAUCUGCUGUGUGUUUGACGGCCAUGCGGGCAGGCAGUGCGCCGACAACGUGAAGAGAAUCUUCCCUGAGAAGCUAUCUCAGGAGCUCCUCAAGGGCGGCAAGCACGUGGUGGUGCGCAUGAGCUGCCCACGAGCUCCUCAAGGCGGCAAGCACGUGGUGGUGCGCAUGAGCUGCAACGCGACCGAUGUGCUGCGGGCAGCGUUCAAGGCAACAGAGGAGGAGCUCAAUAACGAGGAUGAGGGCUGCACUGCCACGGUGCUGCUCGUGUGGCGCGCCUUCCAGCCACCCCACCGUGUGUGGGUGCAGGCAGGCAAUCUCGGGGACUCACACUGCGUGCUGGGCUUAGGAAGUGCAAGCGAGGAGGGUGUGGUGCAGAUGACAGAGGACCAUCGGCUGACAGGGCCCGUGGAGAAGGGGCGCCUGGCGUCCAUUGGCAAGCCCAUGCGCGAUGGGGACACACGGCUGUGCGCAGUGGAGAAGGGGCGCCUGGCGUCAAUUGGCAAGCCCAUGCGCGAUGGGGACACACGCCUGUGCGGUGCGAUUAAGGGGCAAUGUGAGGGGUUGAAGGGGGUGUGGCGGCGUGGGGCUGUGGGGCUGUGGGGACCUCCCCUCGCCCACACGCUCCACUCCCAUCGCUUUCCCGCCCACCUUCCUUUGCUCUUCCCAAAUGCAGGCAUGAACAUAGCGCGAGUGUUUGGAGACAAGUUCCUGAAGCAGCAGGACGUGGGUCUCUCCUCGGACCCAUUCAUCCAUGCGCCCCUGCAGCUGCCCGUGCCUGAGGAAGGGGGCACGAGCAAGCCGGUCAUUGCAGUCAUUGCCAGCGCAGGCGGCGGCGCCGGUGGCGGCGGCUUUGACGGAGACUCGAGAUCCGAUCCGCGUAUUGGAUCUUCGAGCCGCGUCGUCUCCGCGAGAGAGGUUUCACGGGGAGCGGAUGCUGAAGGGGGAAUCUCGGACCGCGACAGCGCGGAGCUGAAGCUUCGCGGAAGCAGCGUAGAGGUCGACGAGGACGAGGAGAAGGAUGACGCGGACGAGGGGACGAACGAGCUUCCGGCACACGCGCUGGCGAACGCCGACGCGAUCAGCGCUGACGUGGCGGAGCUGACGUCAGCGUUGGAGGAGGAAGAAUCGGGGUUAGGGUUGCACCCCGAGUUAGACGUUGAGGGUUUGGAGCAUAUUAUCGACAUGGGCAGGCGGCUCGAGGGCAUGCCGCGGCGCGUGCAACGAUUCAUGUUUGAGAAGAUGCUCAAAGUGAAGCCCGGCCGACCGCCGUCCAUGCAACGGUUGAAACGGGUGAGAGUUUAUAUCGAGUAUGCAUUCCCCUCAAAGCCUGUGCCUCCUCGCUUCUCCCCUUCGCUUCUCCCCACCGCUUCUCCCCUCCGCUUCUCCCCUCCGCUUCUCCCCUCCGCUUCUCCCCUCCGCUUCUCCCCUCCGCUUCUCCCCUCCGCUUCUCCCCUCCGCUUCUCCCCUCCGCUUCUCCCCUCCGCUUCUCCCCUCCGCUUCUCCCCUCCGCUUCUCCCCUCCGCAUCUCCCCUCCGCUUCUCCCCUCCGCUUCUCCCCUCCGCUUCUCCCCUCCGCUUCUCCCCUCCGCUUCUCCCCUCCCUUCCCCGUUACUCAUUUGAACGACAGCAUUCC